AAUGGGUAAGAAGGCUGCUCCUAAAUAAUAAGUGAAUAAAAAAGCUGUAAUAAGAAGAACAAGAACUAUUUAGGCUUUAAUAGAAGGCAAUGAAAAUAUUGUACACUAAAAAUUGGGUUAAACUAGAAGUUAAAGUAAUGGUAAAUAUCUUCUUUAUUAGAUAGGUGUUUAAUAAAAGAAGAUAAAUAAGUAGACUUAAUAAGCAAAUUAGAAAAAAGUAGUUACUGAAAAAGGAAAGAGUGUGCCUAAAUAGAAUUCAAAAUAAAAAGAAGAGAAAUAACCAAUUAAAGAUGAUACUAAAUAAAAAAAAUAAGCUGAGGUUUAAGAUAAUAAAAAAGAUACAGAAACAAAAUAGAAUGUUAAACAAGUAUAAAAAAAAGUUAUAAGUAAAAAAUAAAUUUCUCAAAAAAAAAGUACACCAAAAAAAGCUCAAAUAAAAGUGAAUGUAACUAAAAAAGUGAGUUAAAAGAAAAAUGAAAAAGAAGUUAAUAAAAGUGAAAAAAAGGAAGGAGAAAAAUCUGAAGUAAAGAAUAAUGAAAAAAUGGAAAAACAAGUAAUAGAUAAAUCUGAGAAAAAAGAUGUAGAAGAAUCAGAUAAGAAAGUUAAUGAUAAAAGUGAGAAAAAGAUUAUUGAUAAAUCUGAAAAAAAGAGUGAAAAGAAAGGAAGAAGUGGAAAAAAAGAAUAAGAAUAAGAAUAAUAAUAAAAAUAAGAAUAAAAAUAAACAGAUAGUGCAAAGUUACCUAGAAGAACUGAGAGUAAAGCUGCAGCUGGAAUAGUUGAUGUAGUAUUUUGUGUAGAUACAACUUCAUCUAUGUCAAUGUAUUUAAAUUAAACAAAAGUAAAUAUGAUAUAUAAAAUAUAGAAUACUGUGAAAGAAAUAAUAAAAAAUAUUAAAAAUAAGGCUUAAAAUGAAGAUAUCAGUGUUAAAUUUGGAUUUGUUUGUUAUAGAGAUCAUCCUCCUUAAGAUCAUUCUUAUAUAACUAAGAUUUAAGAUUUAUGUGGAGAAGAUGAAAUAAUAAAAUUUAUAGAUUAAUAAGAUGCUUAAGGUGGAGGAGAUACACCAGAAGCUGUAUUAGAUGGAUUAUAUGAUGCAGCAAAAAAGAUUGAAUGGAGAGAUGCUAGUCAUACACCUUCUUUAAGAUAUAUCUUCCAUAUAGCUGAUGCUCCUCCUCAUGGUAAAGAAUUCUAUGAUUAAGAUUAUUCAUGGCCAAAUGGAGUCCCGUAUUAUUCAUUUUAUAUUCUAGAUCUGGAAUCACUCUUGAUAAAGUUACUCAUGUUAUCAAUAUCAGAGAAAUUCAUUAUAGAUUGAUUAAUGUCAAUAAAACUAAUUUAUUAGAAAAAAUGAAAAAAUUAUUUAAGGAGAAAUUUACUAAUUAUGAAGAAGCAGAAUUGGAAAAUGCUAAAGAUAUGGAUUUCAGAGUUAGUGAUAUGAUUAUCAGAGAAUUAUUACCAGAUGUCGAUUAUAAUGAUUGAAUCUUC